CCUACAUCCGGGUACUUUCCUUAGGCAAUGCCGGCCGCACCACACCUAUUCCUUAGACAAAGUGAAAUAAAUUCGCCGUCAAUGGAGAAAACGUAGUCCGUCCCACCACCCCUUUACUCCCCACUCACAUUUUUUUUACUUGUGAACAUUUGUUUCUUUUUUUUAAUCGCGUGGAUCGCUAGUCCGGCAAGCCGUCUGUUUUACGUGUGUUGGAGAAGGAGGAGGAGAAGAGGGGGGGGGGAGUGAAGAGGAUAUUUUUUUUGUCGCCGGCAUGGAGCUGUCGGCUCUUCAGGAGGCGCUCAAGAAGGAAAUCCAGUGCCAUCAGAAACUUGUUGUGCAGAUGAAGCAAGACCCCCAGAAUGCAGAAUUGAAGAAGCAGCUCCAUGAAUGCCAGGCUAAAAUAACUUCGCUCAGUGAAAAGCAAAAAAAGGUUGUGGAGCAGCUGAGAAAAGACUUGCUUAUCAAGCAGCAGUCUGCAAGUACCCAGAAAAGUGCUUCGACGCCGCCCGUGCUUGCCGCCAAACCGAUAUCGCUGGUCAAGUCGACCAUUCAGGCCGCGCCGCUCGCCGUGGUGACGCAAAAAGCCGCCGUCGCCAUGGUGACGUCGUUGAGUAACGGGCAGAAGCUGGCGCUGACGUCCUCCGACCUGCCGACGGCCAACCCCAUCAACCUGCAGACGACGGCGAGCAAACUGCUGCAGGAGAAUGUGGCGAGGAUCCCUCCCAAGGCCUCGCAACCGCAGCAGGCUCUAUCUGUGGCGUCCUCUCCUAUCAAGGUGCCCCAGCUGUCCUCGGUCCACAGACUGACUGGACGUAAUCCAGCCACCUUAACACAGGUGCGCCCAAAGCCAAACUCGGCGGCCGUGUCGCCGGUGCAGGGCGGCGGCGGCGGCCCCCAGGCGUCGCUGGUGCCGCUGCACAAGGCGCAUGCGUUGCUGGCGGUGCGGGGAGCGGGCGGGGUGCAGCACGUGCGCAUCGUCAACGGGCAGCAGUACAAGCCGCGCUCGCCACCUCCCACGCAGCACGCGUCGCUCGCCGCCUCCACCGCGCUCGCCGCUGCACCCUCCGCCUCCGUCACCGCCGCCCCCCCGUCGUCGGCGGCUCUGCCCCCGUCGUCCUCUGCGGCCGUGUCCUCGGCGUCGGCCGCCGCGGCGGCGUCGGCAGCGUCGUCCUCGUCUCCCGUGGGCGGCGUCACCGUGGUGGCUUCGGGCACGCAGCCCAGCAAGGAUGGCACCGCCAGACAGACUUCACAAACUGUGUACCGAGCAAACCUGUCAACACGGAUACUUUCGCCCAGGCCCCAGGUGGAGACAAACCCACAGAAGGUUGCAUUCCUUGGAUCCUUGGGCCUUGUGACUCAUGAGCACAUGGAAGAGAUCCAGAGCAGACGCCAGGAGAGGAAACGGCGCACGACGGCGAACCCCGUUUACAGCGGGGCGAUGUACGAGCCAGAGAGAAAACGCAGUGCGGUGACCUACCUGAAUAAUCCUGUGCAAACCGGCACGAGAAAAAGAGGUCGGCCUCCAAAGUACGCUAGCGUAUUGGCCGGGUUGGUGGGGCCACCCGUGCAGGCCCUGCCGUCGCUGAGUCAACCGGCCGCGCCGUUGGAGCAGGACAAGGCGGCGGGGGGUGGUGCCCCCCCUCCGUGCAGCCCGUCAGACGGGCCGGCCGCUAGCCCAGCCACGGUCUCCGACGGGGACAUCCACGAGGACUUCUGCUCCGUGUGCAAGCGGAGCGGUCAGCUGCUCAUGUGCGACACGUGCUCGCGCGUCUACCACCUCGAGUGCCUGGAGCCACCACUCAAGGCCAUCCCCAAGGGCAUGUGGAUCUGCCCCAAGUGUCAGGAGCAGGUGCUGAGGAAGGAGGACGCGCUGCCCUGGCCGGGAACCCUGGCCAUUGUCCACUCGUACAUUGCGCACAAAGCAGCUAAGGAAGAAGAGAAGAGGAAGCUUCAGAAAAGGAGCAAUGAGCUGCGUCAGGAAAGAGACCAGCUGGAGCAGAAAGCGAAGAUGCUAAGCACUGCCAUUCUGAAGUGCAUGGAGGUACGCAAUAGCCUGCUGUCCAAGCAAAAGGAAGUGCAGGUGGGAAUGGAGAGAUAUCGGAAGCUGGUGCAGCUGAUUAACGGCGUGCCAGCCAAGCCGUCCAAGCCACCCGCUGCUGCCGCCCAAGCCUUGCAGGUCGUGGCAUCGACAUCAUCUCCCGUCGUCGCAACCGCUGCCACCCCUCUUCUCAUCAUCACCACGCUGACCCCUGACCUUACGGCCAUGGGAGUUCCCGUCGCUCGAGCCACUUCCGUUGCCGUUUCGACCUCCACCGGGAUCCUGACGCAGAUCCACCCGCCGAUGGCGCCUGCGGGCCAGUUGCCCCACCAGCCGCAUGCCAAGCACUGAACGCUGGGCUCCUCUCUCUCUCUCUCUCGCUGCCCACCGCUUUGAGACGAUGUUGCUGGAAAUGCGACGACGAGAGAAGCAAUGAUCAAGGAACAAAAUGGGAGACCGUGUGCACAAUGUACGUAAAAGCGCACACGGUCUCGCAUGCUGCGUGCAUCGACUCGUGAGGAAUUAACAUAAUCUCCCUCCGUUAAGUCUCAAAGGAAGCUACGUUGAGAGCUAAGUAUGUAAAGGUCGGCGUCUCCUCGAGUAUCAAGAGCGCAACGUUCACUUAAAAUGUUGUGCAAGGAACGCCUUUGAGCUUUAGUAUGGAAAAGGGUAUUUUGCAUCACAAACUGAACUUUUUUGCAAAUGAUACAAAAACAAUGCAGGCAUUUGCUGGUUUUUCUCCUUUUCUGACUAAAACCUUUUAAGUUGCCAAGUAUGAUUUUUUUUAUAUACAGUAGUAUGCAGUUAUGCUCUAUAUUGGUAUAUUAAGGUAUACAUGAAUAGAUUAUAAAGUAAAUGAUUAGGAACAUUGUAUGCAUAUUAAACAGUAUCAUUUGAGUGUGAAUCCUUUUUUCUAACUGUUAGAUUUUUCAUACACAUCUGUAUUCUUUGUGGCAAAUAAGGUUAACUGUUGUUGGUGAAUGCUUCUAGGUCUGUAUUUAACAGUUUAGACAUAAGAACUAUCAGCGGCAACUGUCUUGUUGACAAUGUAAAUUAAACCAGAGUGGAUCGUAAAUAUUUUCUAUCCUCCGUUUUCACUGCUGCAGAUAUCACAAUGUAGGAUCAAACCCUUUCUCAAUGGGUCCUGCAACUGCGUUAGGCCAAGGGCAGACGAACAUGCUACCUUCGUCUUCCUGCUUCUCUUGUGCAGCCUCAAGGCUUUAAAGGAACCACGUUUAACCUUCUGUCGCAGAAGAACAAGAGCAUUUAUGCUCACCUUUUUUAAUACAUGGUACCAAAAAAUACAAACAAACAAAAAACCUAGCAGUUGCCAAACUAAACAAGUAUAGAGUAAUUUUUUAAUAGCAAAUGCAUAAAGUAGGAAAAUGUAUUACUAGUUAAUCAAAGUAAAGGGCAAACAGUGAAAUGACUUUUGUGUUGUAUUUGGAGUAAGUGGAGUGGAGAGAAUGCCAUAAGUUAAACGUUUAAGUAACUUGUUGGAGGGUAUUACCUGCAUCUCUGUCCGGUUUUAUUUUUUCGCGACUCGUUUCUCAGAUAAUGCUGGUAACAAAAACAACAAAAAAAAUGAAUGUACAUUUUUUAUGUUUAUAAUGUCUUUUUAUUUUCAGUUUUUUUGAUAUACACAUUUUGUGUCAGGCAGUGCUGGAACUAAAUAAUGCAGCUGUGUCAGUCUCUUUUGCGUGAAAACUUGGACAACUUCUGCCAGACAAUGUUGCGAGAGUGAUCUAUGAAUUGGUCGGAUAAGCGAGGUCCUCGCAAAAUAUAUUUUACAACGGAAUGCGUCGGGGGUUUAAGAUUCCGGGGUGCUCUUAGUUUAAAGAAGCAGUCGCCACUGGAAGGGUCACUACACAUUAUGCCAGGGCCGUUUGAGCAUCACAAAACUAGAAUGUGGAUUCUCGGGACCACCCGUGCUAUCAUAUGGUCUUGAUUGUGUGUUUGUUGCUUAUGUCAACGCGAGUUAGUGCUCCCAUUGAUAGGCUGUUACCCUCCUGAAAAUGAGUCGUGAGACUCAUUUGGUCAGGCUUUCCUGGAUAAACGAGCGUAAUAAAAAUGAGCGUGCUUAUUUGUCACCAAGCAAAUGGUUAUUCCAAGUAAAUAUUGUAUGUCGCAAUACGUACUGCAUUGUAGGCUCCAGGAUCGGAGGCAAUUGUUACUUGGAGUAAAAUUGCUUCCUCACGCACUCUUGCAACAGUGGAAGACUGUGGUUACGCUUCUUUCGGACUAAAUUAAAUCUUGGAAAUGAAAAAUAUAAAAUCACACGCUAAAGAAUGCAAGCAUAUCGUUUACAUUUUUUAGUAAUUUAUUUUGUGUGACAUAUUUAUUUAGUUUUAAAUAAAUGCGACCAUCUAAAGUCGAGUAAAUUUGCCUGUUUUCACUUUUGUUUUUCUACUUGCCCCGUGUGUGUCCUGAGAAUCCCAUGGCUUAAAAUGUUGUGCCCUUGGCCAGGGGGAUGGCUGGCUUAGGCUUGUGAAAAUCAACACUGUGGUCUUGUGCUCGUGCCCAAUACAACCCUAUGCAAGUUGAUUUGAACUCUCAAAAGGCAGUUCCAAACUGGUCCGGGGUCCUGUUCCCCUAAUGAAGUGCUUGACGCGAACUGUAUAUAGCCUUACCGUUAGUCUCUUCAUAGCCGUUUUGUAAAGUAGUUUUAGUAAAAUAUUAAAAAAUAUUUUAAAAAACCAGCAAAAAAAGACAAGCUUUUUUGUAUAUAAUUAUAUACGAAGCAUGCAGGUACAAGUACAUAUUGUGUUUAUUGCAUAUCUGAUCUUUUAGCAUGGCACUGGAGAUUUUUGUUGUUAGAAAGAUUGGUAAAGUUUUAUAUUGGUGGACUUGGGAGAGGUUAAAUGAAUUAAAGGGGAGGCAGUUAUCAUUUUCAGGCUUUUAACGAUAUUUUCCUAUUGCUUUACUAGUUGGUUACUCAUGACAUUAUAACAAUAGUAAUAUCUUGCUAGCUUAAAUUGUAUUUAUUUCUAAAAUUGGUGGGUGGUGGGUGGGAAACAAUCGUUACACAUCUCUUUAAACUAUACUUGAACGUGGAAUAUUUGUCCAUUAUUGCAGGUUGCUACUUUCCUUUUAAAGAACAUUUCGGUGGCCUGAAGUUUGGCGAGGCCAAAUUAUGGCCUUGUGAUUUAGAGUAUCUGCCUUGGUUUGAAAGGUCAUGUUAUAAUUUCUGUGGCAUUUGACCCAAAAUCGUUUGGGGGGAUCCUUUGUGCCCUUCUGUCUGGAACCGUUGUAUGCGGGGGUGUGUGUGUGUGUGAUAGAGCGAGAGUGAGCGAUUGUAGGAUGGACACAUGGGGAUAUAUGGGCUUGGAUAAUAUGGCCCAACAUUGGACAGCCCAACUGCUUGGUUGUUCUUCACCAGAUUGUGUGUCGGCUGAAAUUAUACAUAUAAUAUAUUGUCUCGCUUAUUAACUAGCUUAAAAGAGGAAUGACAUAGUAACAAAAAUAUUUGGUACUUUGGUAGAUACUCGGCAUUUUUUUUUCAUUUUGGGAAAGCGGUAUUUAUAAAAUGUGACCAGUACCGACCACAAGCGAAGAAACCAAUUGGACAACAUGCCCCCAUCAUCGGAUGAGCGCUGCUCACAAAGACGGCUUCUUGAUUUGGCGAUCAGCAGAACAGUUUUUUUGAAGAGACGGUGGCAAGUGUGCGGGCUCAAGACUUGUAUGCAUGCAGGAAUACACUACGUUAACAAAACCAAUUGGUUAAAUAGACUUUCCGGUACAGUAAUGGGUUGUUACUGUGUUUGGGUACCAGUACACAGUGAGGGUAAUGUAAGCAGGCGAGUGCCUUUCCGACUGAAAGCUAAGCUUCUCUACCUCACACAAAAAAACACGAGCAACAAGAAACAGUACAGUUACCCAUAUUUGCUGGGGUGUUGUCUUUAUGAGCGAAACUAAAUAUUGACAAGGGAUGAUGUACAUUUUGAAAUAGUGAUUUUUAUCUUUAACAAGAAACCAACAUCUUUUUUGCAUGUCAUUUGUUUUUUUGGAGUUAAAUUACGAAUGAAACAACGAAAAUAAACCCCACAUCUUUGUAAACAAAACCAAGGAAGUUUUAACCCUACGUGAGGAAAGGUAGUUUGGUAUGUUGGUCAGUAGAAAGUACAAUAAUAAUCCUUUGUACAUGAUGCUCUCCUCGAACAAGACGAGUCUCUUAAUAAUCCGUGCGGUGGUGACGUCCCCUGUUUAAUGUUCACUUGAAAUUGCCGAUGUACCCAACGGAACGUUUUGUGUAUUUUGAGAAUCUUUGCCAUUUAUAAAAUGUAAUAAUAACAACAAUGAUGAUGAACCAUGUGACAAAUGAACGAAUUGUUUUGAAAAUUUUAAAAAGUUUUGCUUCUUUGCUUGGCAGAAGGAAUGGUGCCACGGUUUGGAUGUAGUGAAUACGCAGACUUGUCUAUGUUGGAUCGUAUGAUGUUAUUUUAGUGUUGUGUUUCUUAGAUUGAGAUAAUGCUUAGAGCCUCAACGUUUUUUUCUCUACCAUUUUUUCAAUAAAAUCUGCCACAUUUUUUUCAUGCACAAGACAUAUCAGUGGAUUAGCUGGCUUCCGACAAUGGAAUUUAUCUUAUAAUUAAAAAUAUAUAUUGGUUUUUCUUUUGUUAAUAAGGAAGAAAAUACUGCGUCGCAGUCUUUAAAUGUAAUUAAAUUUGUACUCAUUCCAACCAAGUUCCAAUGAGAUGUAUUUAUAUUAUAAAACAAAAACAAGCCUUUUAUCUCGUGAAAGUAGCGUUAGGUUUGAAAAGCUGUUUGGUGAAAUACUGUUGGAGAAUCCUUUUUUGUCUUUAUUUGUAUAUUUGUAAUUGCUUGCCUUGAGUCACUUUGUUUACUAUUAAUUUGCUACGUUUUUUGGGGGGGGUGGGGUUUCUUUAAAGAAUGCUUUGUUACCAGUUGCGGUGCUGACCCAGUGCUGGAGCCAUCAUGCGGGCCUUGUUUAGUUUAGUGUGAGUAGUGCUGGCCAAAAUGUGUUUGUUUUGCUGCGUUUUAGCCAUGAUGUUUUUGUGAAUGUGCAGCUGUAGUUGGAAGGCUUGGUGUUGAUUAGCUUCGCAUCCCUAGAGCCUUUUGAUCAAAUUGCAUUCAGAAUGUUAUUUAUUCAGAUCACUGUUCUUUAAUAAAUUUGAUCACAAAAUAAUAACA